CUGAACUGCAUGCCAAGAGGAGAAAACUUUUACUAUCGUCACCGCAGCGCUGUGGUUGACGGUACACCCUGCCACCCUGGGCGGAGGGAUGUUUGUGUGGAUGGAGUCGCAAACGUCUGGGCUGUGACAACAUGUUGGAGUCUCCUCAGCAGGAAGACCCCUGCCUGCAGUGUGGGGGUAACGGACAGUCCUGCUACCCUGUCAAGAACAGCUUCUCUGUACGCGAUCUGCCAACUGGCUACAACCAGAUGUUCAUCAUCCCUGUUGGAGCCACCACCAUCAGCAUCAGGGAAACAGUGGCCACACGCAACUACCUUGCUAUCAAGAACCUGCGUGGUGAGUACUACCUCAAUGGCCACUGGGUAAUUGAGUUUUCCAGGGCAACACCCAUUGCUGGAACCAUGCUGUACUACCAGCGAGGAGCCGAGGGUGACAGUGUCCCUGAAACCAUCAUCGGCCGCGGACCCACCACUGAACCCCUCGUUGUUGAGCUGAUCAGCCAGGAGCCAAACCAAGGAGUGGAAUAUGAAUUUUAUCUCCCUAAUGGACGCUCCAGAGAGGGUUAUUACUGGAGUUUUGGAUCCUGGUCUGCCUGCAGCAGGGAAUGUGGAUCAGGCUACCAGUCUCGUUUGGUCUUCUGCACCAUUGAUAACGAGGCCUACCCAGACUAUCUCUGUGCAUCUCUGCCAAGGCCACAGACCAACCGCACAUGCAACCCCCAUCAAUGCCCACAGAUCCGCAGCUGGAGAACCGGUGAGUGGAACACCUGCUCGGUUACCUGCGGUGGAGGCUCUCAGGUGCGCACCGUGGAGUGCAUCUCUCACGAUGUCGCAGGCCCCCGCGUGGUGGAGGAUGCCAUCUGUGCUGCCUACACUGAGGCACCAUCCUCUCUGCAGACCUGCAACAUGCACAAGUGUGCAGAGUAUCGUGCAACUAGAUGGAGCGCGUGCUCGGUGACGUGUGGUCCAGGUGAACAGACCAGAGAAAUCACCUGUGUUGGUUCAGGAGGAAUGAGGCUAGAGGAAACAUCCUGCAGCACUUUGCUCCGCCCGCCUGCAGUCCGACCCUGUGAGAUGGCGGCCUGCCUGAAACAGAUCGACUGGCACGUCGGAGAGUGGGGACUGUGCUCUCAGAGCUGUGGCUCCGGCUCGAGAGAUAGACGAGUGAUCUGCUCAGACCAAGAGAGGAACCUGUAUCCUGUGGAUCAAUGUAACGCCCACGCCAAACCCACCACAGUGGAGCGCUGCAACAGCCAGCCCUGCUACAGCCCACAAUCGGUUCCCAGCAUUCAGGACCCACAAGGACACGACAACACGCAGACUGUUUUCCAGCCCUAUGUGCCAGACCACGCAACAGCCCGCAGGCCAGAGACGGAUCCGACCCAGACGAACACAGUCCACGACCCUCACAGCUCCGCCCCGGCCCUCCACUGCAGCCAGUCCUAUUAUGGCUGCUGCCCAGAUGGACGCACUUCAGCCGGGGGCCCCCAGGGUCUGGGCUGCCCACAGAUCCAAGCUCCCACUGCUUCCCAGCCAUCCUGCAUUCAGACCAGUUAUGGCUGCUGCCAAGAUGGAGUGACGGCUGCUCAGGGCCCCAAUAAGGAGGGCUGCGUGGAGUAUGUGGCCCUUGCACCCACUGUUCCUUCUCUUCCCACUGAGAAUGCAGUACAGUGCCGUACCACCACCUACGGCUGCUGUUACGACCGCACCACACCUGCAGGAGGACCCAACGGGGAGAGCUGCCCCAACCCACCCAACCACAUUGAGCGCUCCAUCUGCUCCCUGCCUCGUGCUGCCGGCUCCUGCAGCAGCUGGACACCACGCUACCACUACGACGUCAUCACCUCCAGGUGUCUGCACUUCUGGUACGGAGGUUGCCACGGCAACAGCAACAACUUCAUGAACCGGGCCGAGUGCCAGAGGGCGUGCCAGGUGGCUGCCCCGAGCCAGCAGGGCCCGGGACCGGUUGCUCCCGCCGGAGGGCCGACUUCUAGGAGAGAACCCACCGCUGGAAGGACCGCAUCAGGAGCAGGCACCGCAUCUGGAGGAGGAGCUAGAGCAGGGGGAUCCACCACUGGAGGGUCAACAGGUGGAGGGUCACGCAACAUGGGGAGGAUCUUCACAGUCCAGGGAGGUUCCACCAGCGGCACCAGCAGACAGGCCACAAGUGCCGCCACACAUGCCCACAGAGCUAGAGUCCAUCUGCGGCCCCGCCGGCCUUCCCCUGCUACUGCUGCACAGCACACCGGCCCAGCAGCGAGUUUGACGCUGGGAGGAGUGACCAUCGAUAAGACUGACCCCUCUACAGUGGAAGCUUUAGUGGGCCAGACAGUUGUGAUGCCGUGCAGAGUCAGCCCGCCGCCAUCCUCCACUGUCACUGUGGAGUGGAGAAGAGAUGGCAUCCCUCUGUCUACUCACAGGCAUCACCAGCAGCCAAAUGGUUCCCUGCUAGUCGGUCCUCUUACAAAGUCAGACUCUGGUUGGUUCUUGUGCCUGGCUACUCGUGAACAGGAGAGAGACCAUCGCUACAUUUAUCUGUCUGUCACAGAGGGAUCAUCUCCGCUGACUCCCACCUCAUUGCCCAGAGAUGGACCUUUCCCCCGGUUCAGUAUCGAACGGUCAAGCUCAUCUUUGCUGGAAAUGCGAUCAGGACAAACUGCCAGACUUCCCUGCCAGAUUGUCCCUCCGUCAGCGGCUCAGUCUGUCAACAUUCAGUGGACUAAAGAUGGACAGACCCUCAGUGACUCCAGGUAUAUCAAACAUUCAGACGGCACGCUGAUCAUCGGUCCUCUGAAGUCUACGGACUCUGGUGUUUACACAUGCACAGCCUCCACUCAGCAGCAGCUGGAGCAGAAACAGCUGCAGCUCAGAGUCCAAACGGACCUGAAGAUCACCACAGCUCCCAAUAACAUCCAGGUGUCUGAAGGCAGCACUGCUCUGCUGCCCUGUGUGGUGUCAGGAGACAAUGUCAAUAUAGGCUGGUCCAGGAAUGGUGUACCGGUGCGUCCAGACGGUCGUAACAUUCUGGCGUCUUCUGACGGCAGCCUGAUCCUGAAUAAUGUGAAGCCUUCAGAUGAGGGCACUUACACCUGUAACGCUUACACCGGCAUCUACUCUGUGAGUGCCACGGCUGAAGUUAGAGUCACUAAAGACACACAACAAGGUGUUGAUUUGCCGCCAGAAUGCGUGGACCAGCCCGAUCUUGCCAACUGUGAGCUGAUCGUUUACGCCCGACUCUGCUCAAACUCGUACUACUCCAGUUUCUGCUGUGCCAGCUGUACCCGGCAUUCACAGAGGAACGACAGGUUUGGUCGGCUAGGCUGAAGCCACAGAGGGUUUAAAAACUCUGGGAUGGGGUAGGAGAGGGAAGAGCGGAGAGGGGAGUGUUUGAGACAUUGAAGUUGUUUUUAACCUUCCAACUUCUGCAAUUGCCAAAAGGACAUUCAUAUCUGAACCCGACUGCAGAAUCACCAUUCAAGAACUCCAUGAAAAAGGGACCGAUUGCUGUAGCUGUAGUUAAAUCUGUGAACCAGGAGUUUGCAGAGUAUGAACACUUUGUUCAGGGAGUCUAUUUGUACACUGCUGCAUUAAACACUGAAUUAUGGAAACAUUAAAUAGGAGCCUCAAAACGAAACGUACCAUGUAAACCUGUAAAGCCUGAAUGUGAUAAAGUCAAACUCCGCCACGUCUUUAACAUAAGUUAUUUAGUCACUGGACCUACUGUACGUGUUCUCUGUUUUCUAGAGAAUUAUGAUGGAUUUACUUUGAGGUUUUUAAAUCCAGUAAACCUUUCACAUGUGAAAUUAUUACCAUCUCUGCUGUGCUGUUUUGACCACUGCUCUUUUUUAAUCUAUAUAUUGGCAUUUCACUGAU